AUGGAUACAUCAUCUGCUGUGGCUGCAAGGCCUAUCCUGGCAUCAUCACUUCUUCCUCCUGAAUCCGAAGAUGAUGACAGAAGUACAUCAAGCUCGGAGGAUGAGGAUGGAUGGCGGCUGGCAGCUGAUAUUUUCGGUGAUGAGGCAUCAGAGAAACCCCCGGCAGCUAUCGUGAUGACAGGCCGGGUACUGGGGAUCUCUUCCCUGAUACUCAGCAUAGAUCCAGGAAAAAGGACAUCAAACGGUAAAGAAUGUGUUCAGGAAUGGGUUGACGAAUUGUCAUUGCACCUGCUGAUUUCUACAAUUACACGAAACACAACUACAAACAGGCCAGGGGCGUUCAUUAUCCAAUUUGAAGGAUGCCGUCCGUUAUCACCUGUAGUACUUCGUGGGCUUAUUCGAGAAAAGAUGCCAGGUCUCUCCAUCGAGGAAGUGGAGGCCAUCCUAAGCACUGUCAACAUAUUUCAUGCAUCAAAAUUUAGCCAGAUACUCAGUGCUGUCGACCAAGUAUCAGAUCUCCUCUUCAAAAUCGAACAAAAAGAACAGGAACCGAGCAAGGAGAGAGAUUUGCCCACUACUAAACAAACUGGUGACCAAAACCAUACGAUGCAAUCGGCAAACAAUCAACGGGGGGGUGGUCCCAUCGAACCGCCUAUUUUGCUCCUUAUCGAAGGAAUGGAUGUAGCCAUACAGGAAACCAUUCACACGUCCGACACAGACGCUGCGGGAGAACAACUAUGCUCCUUGCUCCGCACUCUCACUCUACUUUGUAGGACAUAUGAGUCCCUGUUCGCAGUUAUUAUCGCCAACUCUAUACCACUACGACCACAGGCGCCAAAGGCAAUACAAAUGCCGACAGAAGACCUCCGAUCCCAGGUCCGUGCUGGCCGAACGCCAAUUGAAACCCCGCUAACCACCCCAUAUAUGCUUAAAGAUAUGGAUUUUCCAGUAGAGUCUGUUUUCGAGGCGCCUGAUGACCGUCGGCUGAUUAGCGGUUCUCCAUACCUGUCUAGCUUGCAAUUGUCCAUUUUCGCUGAUGAAAUCGACGAGGGCAUUGAUAUCCAUUUGGCCAUCUCUAGUGUAGAUAAUGAGCGAGUGGUCGAAGUAAUUAAAGAUAGGAACGGAGAUAAUCUAGGGCGUUGGGAUGUUUUCUAA